UAAGUAACUAAGGGAGGGACUUAAGCCUCAUCUUCCAUUUAAACCUAUCUGUACCAUGAGUAUUCAGUUAAAACUGGUCUCUUAGUGAUAAGAGAUGGUGAAGCCGAGUUUAUAUUUGUAAUUUUUAAUCUAGUUAAAAUGCAUGCUGCUUUAUCAAAUAAUUCUGUUUAUGGUAUGUGGAGCAGGAUAGCUCCAGACCAGUCCACAUGUUGGUCUAAUGUAGUUGACUCUGUCUCUGUUAGCAUAUCAGCAGAUGUGAUUGAAGAUAAAAAGCAAAAAUGAGGCAAAACAUUGAAUAAGUCCUUUUUUGUUGAGCAUUAUUCUGUCUUGUAGUUUUACAGAUGGUUAUGCUAGCAUCUUAGCACUCUUACCUAAAGUGCAGAGUUCAUUACUGGAGGUGUCAAGGCUCAAGAACUUGACCAGAAUUCUAGCAAUUCUUCUUUUAAGAAGAAACUCACCUUUUGGGGUAGAUUGUUCCAGAAUGUGUCUGCUGCAAUAUCAUUUGAAGUAUCUAGCACUGGAUACUACCAUUAGUGGACUGCUGGUCUGGAUAUUAUGUGAACUCCUGAGUUCCUGUAUUUGUAUUUGAAUUUAUAGUUCUAACAUCAACCACAUUUUUAAAUGAUUUUUUUAUAAGAAAGUAAUUUCUACAAAUAGUAUUAGACCUAAUUUCUGUGGUUCGUCCUGUCAUCUAUCUGGUAGCCAGAGUCUGAGCUACCUUCUUUAAGAAAAGCAGAAACUUUAUUCUGUCUUGUUAGAGUCUACCUACCCUUAGGAAGCAGCUGAAGGUUGUGAAGAGUACAUGCUAUGGGCAGCCAUAAAGUAACUAUACAUUUUUCUGGUUUUCAUAGCUUUUAGUUUCAGCCUUCCAGCGUUCUCAUUCUGAAAGGGUAUGGGAAGAAGAGGCAUUUCUAAGGCCAUGUCUCCACUAGGAGUGCUUUGCAGUUCCUCCAUGGAAAAGGUGUUGAAAACUGUCUCCCGCACUGUGGAAGCAUGGAGAGAAAAUAGUCACCUAUUGAGAGCCUCACAGAACUAUUCGGCAAAGUGAUGGAAAUGAAAAGCUUGAACCAUCGCUUCAGCAUGGCAGCAGCUGAGUCUGACAAGGACUCUGGAUACUCAGAUGGAAGCUCAGAUUGCCUGAGUGCUAUGGAGCAGACGGACUCGGAGGACGUGCUAAACGCACUGUGUUGGAACACGGAGGAUGGGCCCUGGCCAUGCCCAGUGACUACAAACAAUUCCUUUCCUGCACUUUCUCCUAUGGUUGUAAUGAAAAAUGUGUUGGUUAAACAGGGGAGUUCAUCACAGCUCCAGUCUUGGACUGUCCAGCCGUCGUUUGAAGUUAUUCCAGCUCAGCCACAGCUAGUGUUUCUUCACCCAUCAAUCCCACCUCCCAUUAACCCUCGCCCUGUUGGAAAGAAGAGAAGUGACUCCACUAAUUACCUGCCUAUCCUGAACUCUUAUCCCAAAAUAGCACCACAGCCCUGCAAAAGAGAUCACUCCUUGGAUCUAGAGGAAGGUGAGGAAACCAAUUGCCAUAAACGCCUCUGCACUGAAGCACCCAAGGUGGAGACUUCUCCCCUGUCAAGGAGCAUGGGUUUGCCCACUAGUCCUUUUGGCCACCUACCAGUUAGCUUUAAGUCUGCUCAGGAUUCUAACCAGCAAAGUUCCUCAACUCUGACAAGUGGAAAAGUGUCAGCUCUUCCCAGUUUCCAUCGUAUUUCCACUGACACACAGAAAGUCCCAGGUUUGGCCCCCCUUUUGCCUUUUGGAACUAUGCAGGCAACAAAAUGCACCCCUUCUGAGACGACAGCACAAUAUAUGAUGCAGUCUGCAGUGUGGAGCCCGCCAUUGGUACCAGAGGAGGUUUGUGCUACCCCUGAGCUGCUCUUGCAGCAGCAAAGCAAGUGCAGACGCUUUCAGAAUACGCUGGUUGUGCUACGCAGGUCAGGAUUGUUGGAGAUUACCUUAAAAACCAAGGAGCUCAUUCAUCAGAACCAGGUGACUCAGGCUGAGCUGGAUCGACUAAAGCACCAAACACAGCUUUUCAUAGAGGCAAUAAAGAACAAUGCUCCCCAGUCCUGGGCAGAGCUAGAAGCGUCUCUGACAGGAUCAGAUAAAGCUGUUAGCAACGUUGAAGAUUCCACUUAUCCCAACAUGUAGUAAAAUGGUACAUAGCUGUUGUUCAAGCUAUUCCUGUGCCUCAGAUUUCUUGUCUCAAACUUUUACUUGAGCAUUUUCUGAGACGGAGACUUAAAACAAACUUGCAAAGUGUCAUGCCAUUUACGGCUUGUCUUCAGAAUCAGUUGUGGGACUGGAAUAGCAGAUGGGAUCUUGACAGAAUGGGUACUACUACUUCAGUGUAACCUUCAGCUCCAUGUUAACUCUGUGUACUUCCUUGAACUUGGGAAGUUUGGAUGUGUUCUACUGACAUGUUCCCGUUCAUGCUGUGAAAAGACAGUCAUUUUCAGUACUCUUCAAGCAAGCAUUUUUCUAUUCCCAUCUUCAGAUAACCAAUUUUGAGAAUGGGACAGCAGAACAAGCCCCCAUAUCGGGCCAUCAUCAGCUGCAAGUAGAUGAAGGAAGGGAGUUGGAGUAAGGAGGGGAAAAGGGCUGAUGGGGAGGUAUCUUUAGACUGAUCUACUGUCCUUUGUUGUAGCAGAGAGUCUUUCUGUUGGGCUUAUAACACUUUUGAAUUAGUGGAGAUCUGCUUGUGCUGAAGCAGCAUUCUGUAUUCAUUGCAGUCUUUGACCAAAGCAAUGAGAGUCUGAGGACCCAUCUGAAAUGACUUGUUUCUAUGAGUCUAUUUUUGAUUUAAGUCUGUAAAACUGGGUAUAUGAAAAUCAUGAGGCUGGCACUGGAAGUGUUUGUUCCAAAGCCAUAUUUAUUUGCAUUACCUAUUAAUGACUAGCAAGUGCACUAAGCAAGUGGCUUUGGAUUUUCUUUUGGUAGCUAAUAGAUUAAACAUUGACUGUUGUUAUUUAAAAGACUGCAGUAAGUUCUUAAUGGGGUACAAGAAGGCAGUCAUUCACCAGGGUUAAUUUGGCAAGCUUAGUUAGUUAAACAUUAUUUAAUUUCUCCUUAGCUUACAAGACUCCUUUUUUGCUGUGAAAUGAGCUUACUAUGUUUAAAAAUGGAAAGAGGUGAAGAGAAAAAGAGUGUACUGGUCUGCAGUGAAACAAUUCGUUCUCCCAUCUCUUCCCCCCACCCCUUUUUUAUUUAGAAAAAUCAGAUGAGUGCAUCUGUUCAAAAAAAAGAAAAGUCAGCUUGGUUAAUCUUAAAAAUUUGAUCUACCUGAAUUUGGAUUUUUCAAAAAUAUUCUCCUCCACUUAAAUAGCCUGCUUGCCUUGAAAUAUAGCUAGCACCACAGCGUGCAUAAGAUGUUAGGCCUUACUAGUAGAGAUCCACAGCAGUCAUGUUGCAAAAGCUGUUCUGCAGACAUUUAUUUCAUUUCAGUUUAUUUAGACACUUAACUAUAUGUCAAUCCCUCCAAUCUGAAGGCAGUAUGGGUAAGAGGAGUUAUUCUCCUUAGAGAAAGGCAUUCUAAGGAGUCUGGUUGUUUAUGGCGAUAUGAUUGAUGUGUUCAUUUCUGCUUGAAAAUACUUUCAAAAAUUUUGCAGCCUAGGUGACUGUAUAUUUUGAUGCUCUGGCACCUCCGUCAUCUAUUUCAGUUUCUUAAGAAAUCUGGAAGUAGAGUGGAUCUCUUCGUGCUAAUUUGUGUUAGACCCUUUCAUUUUUCUGAGGCCACCAGGAGUUAGUAUUGCAAAAGACCUUUGAGAAUGUUUUUUGUAGUCUUCCUAAAAUAUGUGCUUUAGAGAAAUUGUAAAGGAUUUCCCCUCUUGAUCACCUUUUUAGACUCAUGAACAGAAAUUUUAUACAUGCCUCAAGAGGAGAAAUGAGUCACAUUUGGCACUAGCCAUAGGCCUAAGAGAAAUUUCAUAGCAGGAUUUGCCCUAAACCCCUAGCUGAGCGGUAGCAAAGUAAUAGCAAUGCCUUUCAUGCUAUCCUGUCCACCUACUGAAGACUAGAGCAGUACGUGAGUGCAGUUAAAGUCUUCAUGGACUGUGCUCUGUCAUGUGUUUUUUAAAUACACUUGCUUCUAUUCUAUGUUAUAGACCUCUCAUAAGUCACAGCACAGCAAUAUCGAAAUCUGUCCAGAGAAACCAGAAGGCAGCUGAGUACGGUGUAAUGUUGGCCAUACCUGAUCUAGCUCUUUUGGAACCAAUUGUGAUGUCUCUGCACUGAAUGGCAUUUGGCAGGACAGAUGUGGCAGUACCUGGGGCUAGUAGCAAAAGGUGCCCGAAAAACAGGAAUGUUUCGUCUGAUCUCCUUACAGGAAGGAAAGGAAACGGUAGGAGAGAGUUCCAGAAUAGAUCGUGAUUCUGAACAGGAUCUGGAGGUGGCCCGACAGAGAUGAAGUUGAGGAGGAACAUUAGCCUUUUUGAUUGGAAACCUGUAAGCACUGAACUUGCAGAUUUUUAUUUGACUUUUGUGUUAACAAGCUAGUCUGGACUCAACUGUACUGGUCUGAAAAGUCAUUCAAAUUGCGUGCUGUGGCCCUCAGUUGCUGCUGACAGCUAACACGCAAGGGUAGCUUGAUGGGUCAGAUAGACUCCUGUUUUUCUAUUGAGUUCUAAUAGAUGUUCAUUUAUUUUUUAAUUAAUUCUGCUGCUCUGAUUGGAAUGUAAACAUUUUCUCUACCUUUCAGUCCAUUGCCAGCUCUGAAUACAGUAGCUUAAGAACUCCAUUACAGAGCAUGACCUUUUUGCUAAAAUUUUAUGGAAACAAACUAUGAAAUAUGAAUGAAAUAAAUUGUAUACUUGGCGAGUA